GCGGGGAGAAGGCCGGAGAGGGGGCGCCGCGGAGCACUCUCGAGGGUUCCAGUCUUUCGGAAGGGGGUCAGGCCUCAAGCCAGGCGCGCCGCCUCGGGGCCAGAAGGGCCCGUCCCUUGCUCCAUUGGGAUCCUCUCGCAUCCGGUAAGGCAGUGUUUCUGGGUGAGUUCCAGAGCCACCUGUCCCAAAAUCUGCGCGGGAGAGUUGCUUGUUAAAAAUGCAGUUUCCGCACCCUAUCUCCAACCCAAAGCAGCAGAGAGCCUGGGAGCAGGUCCGGGACUCUGCACGCACAGUUAAGUCUUCAGCUUUCCGCUUGGCCCUCAUUCAGCUUCAAGUUUCUUCCAUCAAAUCAGAUAACCUCACUCGAGCUUGUGGCCUUGUCCGCAAGGCCGCAAUGCAAGGAGCCAAAAUAGUUUCACUGCCAGAAUGCUUUAAUUCUCCAUAUGGCACAAAAUAUUUUCCUGAGUAUGCAGAGAAAAUUCCUGGUGAAUCCACACAGAAGCUUUCUGAAGUAGCAAAGGAGUGCAGCGUAUAUCUCAUUGGAGGUUCCAUUCCUGAAGAGGAUGCUGGGAAAUUAUAUAACACCUGUGCUGUGUUUGGGCCUGAUGGAACUUUGUUGGUAAAGUACAGAAAGAUCCAUCUGUUUGACAUUGAUGUUCCUGGGAAAAUUCAGUUUCAAGAAUCUCAGACAUUGAGUCCCGGUGAUAGUUUCUCCACAUUUGAUACUCCUUACUGCAGAGUGGGCCUGGGCAUCUGCUACGACAUACGCUUUGCAGAACUCGCACAAAUCUACGCACAGAGAGGCUGCCAGCUGUUGAUGUAUCCUGGAGCUUUUAAUUUGACCACUGGACCAGCUCACUGGGAGUUGCUUCAGCGAGGACGGGCUGUUGAUAAUCAGGUGUAUGUGGCCACAGCCUCUCCUGCCCGGGAUCUCCAAGCCUCCUAUGUUGCCUGGGGACACAGCACUGUCGUGGACCCCUGGGGUGAGGUCCUAGCCAAAGCUGGCACUGAAGAAACGAUCGUAUAUUCAGACAUAGACCUGAAGAAGCUGGCUGAAAUACGCCAGCAAAUUCCCAUAUUUAGCCAGAAGCGAUCAGACCUCUAUGCAGUGGAGACAAAGAAGCCCUAAAGUGUAUAUUUCUGAUUUGUCAUGAAACAGGAAGAUAGGAUUCUGUAACACAGUCAACUUGCUACUGAUUUAUUUAAUGGAAGUGUGUGGUUUUUUUUGUUGUUGUUGUUGUUUGUUUUUAAAUUUUAUCCAUUUCCCUGCUGGAAGCUCUCAGUUGAGAUGAUGGAGUAGCUCAUUUAUAUUCUCCAUAUCAUAUUUAAGUGUGCAUUGAAGAACAGAAGGAAAGGGUGGAUUCUCUAAAGCUUCUUCCAUACUUCAGUUGCCUCAGAGUUGUUGGUAAAAGUAUCAGAUUGGUAUUUUGGUGGCUGAUUCAUAAAUAUUUGUGUCAUGAACCUCUUACCACACUUGCUGGUUUUGGAACCCAUUACCUAGAAAACAUUGUCUGGUGCUACUCUUUUAUCAAGCAGUACCUUAAUAGUUAAUUUUUAUUUUUUUUGGUCCAUGCAUGGCUAUGGGGGAAACAAGAUAAUAGAUCCAAGAAGGUGGCAGCCCCAUCCCUCAUAGCUAUUUGGGCUCUGUAAGUUCAAGAAGGAACUAAUGAUUCAACUCCAGACUCUCCUGGGCUGGAGGGAAAAGUGAGCCCUAUGGCAGAAUGGCAGUGACAGCAGUUGGUGAAGGCAACUGAAGUAUGAAUCCUUACAAAAGAUGAGUGUCUGAAAAUCUCAUCUUUUUCUGUCUGCUUUUCUCUCUAGAAACACUUUCUAGUUCCAUAAAGACAAGUCUUUCCCUUCAUUGUCAAUCCUGUACUUCAGUUGUCCUCAAAUUGUUGGGUCUCAGCAUCCUUUUGCACUAUUAAAAAUUAAGGAUUCCUUAAUGGCAUUAUUCAUUCUCAUAUACAUAGUGUCUUGUUAAAAAAAAAAUAAAAAAUUAAGGACUCCAGUGAGCUUUUGUUUAUGUAGGUUUUAGCUAGUAGUCAGCUGGUAAAUGGUUAACAAUCAACUGUCUGAAAAACAACCACCCUGAUUUGUAGUAGCAUGUGUGAUACAUAAGCAUGUCCUACCUGACGAGGGCUUGAUCUUGCCCCUGCCCUCCUUAGACAUCCCUUCCCAUAACACCCUGGAAGCAUGCUGAGCUUUUGCUGUUAUAACCUUGAGCACAGCCUGUCCUGGGCACAUCUUGUUUUGAGAAAAGAGCACAUAAUGAGAUGUCUUCCUAGUACUAGUGGGCAAGCCCUUGGCACUUAACUACCUUUGUUAGUUAACCAUAUAUAAUCUGUAAAGCAGUUGCCAUAGGUGCAGACAUACAUAGGUGAACUUCUUGCCACCUGUCUGUUACAAGGUAGACGCAGCUCUCUGUAUAUAACCUCCCCUAAUAAAUGCUUUUAUUUUAAUCA